AUGCUACGAAAAUAUAUAUGCCGUACUUUUGGGUUGCACCGAACCUUAUGCCGGGUCAAUGGUACGGUGGAGUAUUGCACGAUCGGAAAAGAAUUGCAACCCGCGGAGACGUCGGCCUAUUUUGGCCUAUUGAAGUCAGCUACCGACGCAAAAGAAGUGCUAGAGUUUCUUCCCGAGCUUACCCGCACCAAACAGGACCGACAUGUGUUCACGUUGCCGGCCCUGAAAACCUUAUUCGAACUGCUAAAACAUCGCAAAAGUACCUUAAGCUCAGAGCAAAUAGUGAGACACCCAAGAUUUGCGGAAUUGUGUCAAAGUGUGCGGUACGAAUCGCGCACAUUUUCAAUGAACGACAUCACGGAGUGUUUGAAAAUUCUAUGCUUCCUAGGGGUGCAUACCAACAGUGAAAUUAUGACCGUGCUGCUGCAAUUGAUUCGGCAUCAAAUCAAUGAUGUAACACUCGAGCAUAUAGUAUUUUUAAGCUUUAUUUUAAAGAAGCUAGAUCGUACGCCACUAGUCGAAGCACUGCAAAUCGCCCUACCAAUGCUACUGCAGAUUCAAAUCGGCUAUAAACUAGAUCAUGAAAAUGUACAACAACUAGUCGAUCUGCUCGAGUUCGUUUCUCGGCAUAAAGUUAACGAUCGGACAAUUAUGAACAUCGUAAGCGCUUUGACUCUGCACGGUACCAACCUAAGUCCGGAACAAGCCAUUAACGCCCUGAAAGGCAUCGCCAGUUUUAACACGUUCCUGCCACAGUACAGCAAGCUUUUGCAGAACAUAUUUUCGGUUUUAGAUCAGGAUCUCGACAAGCUGCCGUUUAAAAUGCUCGACUUUGCCUUGAAAAAGGUACUCGAUAAAAACCUAGAACAAUUCCCCAUGUUCUACAACGAGAAGUUUCUGAAUCGUUGUGCUCAAUACGCCAUCGAUCAUGACAUUGGUUUGCUGAAUGCGUUGUACAUAUUGAAAAAGUUUAACAAAAUAUCGUUUCUGCACAUCCCACUGUUGGAUUAUAUAGCUGCUCAAAGCUCUAACAUUUCACUUGUACCAACAUCUGGCAUUAUUACUAUAGUAGCCGGUUUCUCUAACGCUAACUACAAACCGGCCAACUGGGAAACGUUUAAGCAGGAAAUUGCGCGCAAUUCUACCAUCACUACCGCAUCUAUCCCUUGGAUUCGGUACAAUCUCGAGCUUCUAUCGCUGGACAUCUUUAAUCCGCAAUUACUUUCCCACUGGUUGGACCCCCAAUCUCUUGAAGUUAACAUGGCACGUAACGUACUGAUUGACUAUCUGCAGCUUGCUGAACUCGAUCAAGCGCUCCGGUUAUUGUAUGCCGGUCAGUAUCAUGGUCCUUAUGCUUCAAAACAGUUGGUGGAAAAAUCCGUCACGAUAAUGCUACAAAAUAACGACCAUCCGCUCUUGAAGCCAUUGGAAUCCGCCUUUGGCGGGCAAGAGUACGUGAGCUCUCAAGUUGUUACUGAACUCGGUCAUGUACUUGAUCACGUCAUCGUUUUCGAUCCUGCUGGAAAUCCCGUGAAAAAAUCGAUCACACCGCUUCAAGGCGAUGCUGUUAUUCGACUCGAGGACAUUCGUCAUGCAGCUAAUAAAUCUGUUGCUGUUCUGUUCCUGCCUAGAAGCUGCUAUGCAAUUAACGUUAGUCGAUUACGGGGACGUUUCAUUCAGCAUGUCAACACUAUUCAAUCUUUUGGAAUUCCAACAGUAACUGUAUCCCCAACAAUCUGGGAUAAUUUGGCCGAAUUUGAAAGGGUCCCUUUUCUACAACGAGAAGUACAACAAAUAUUGCAGCAAUAA